AUGAGGCCUUGUGCCUCCGGCGGCUCUGAGGAGACUGUGUGGGCCUGGAAGGAGAACGUGUGGGAGAAGGAGAAGGGCACCCUGAUGGAGCGCUACACGGUGGAGCAGAGCAAGCCGCCGUCGCAGGGCGGCGCCGUCCUCUCCACGCUGACCAUCAACAACGUGAUGGAGUCCGACUUCCACUCGCCCUACAACUGCACCGCCUGGAACUCCUUCGGGCCCGGCACCAUGAUCAUCACCCUGGAGGAGAAGGAUAUGGUGCCGGUGGGCAUCAUAGCCGGAGGAACCGUGGGCUCCUCCAUCCUCCUGAUCAUGAUCCUCGUGGCCCUCGCCUUCUUCCUCUAUCGCCAACGCAAAGGCAGUCGCCGCGGGGUCACCUUAGGUAAGCCCGACAUCAAGGUGGAGACGGUUAACAAGGAGACCCACAGCCUGGAGGAGGAGGCUGACAACGUCUCCACGGCAACGCGCAUGGUCAAGGCCAUGUACUCGCCGUUCAAAGACGACAUGGACCUCAAACAGGAAGUGAGGAGCGACUCGCUCGACACCCGGGAGGAGUACGAGCUCAAGGACCCGACCAACGGCUACUACAACGUCCGCGCCACCACCCACGACGAGUCGCGGCCCCCCUCCCACGCCGUCCACUUCCAGGGGGAGUUCCGCUCCCCGAACCCCGCCGCAGGAGGAGGAGGAGGAGGAGGAGGCACCGGUCCGGUCGGGGGUGCCACGUCUUCCGUCGGACCCCCGGGCGGGGGCCCCGGCGGCCCCGUCAACCCCGGGGGCGCGCCCGGUUCCCGGGCCGGCUGCUACGACCCACGGCCCCCCUCCAGGAUGUCCCACGCGGGCUACGCCCAGUUCAGCACCUACUCCCGGGGGGUGCCGGCGCAGAGUCAGCAGCAGGGACCCCCGCCGAACCCGCCGCUCCAGUCUCCGGGGGAGUACCCCGGGGACUGCGGCCUGCUGGACGGCUCGGGCCAGAUGCCUUACGACGCCUACGGCGGGUACCCCUCCCAGUACCCCAGUUACCGCAUGGGCUUUGUCCCGCCCAUCGAGGAAGGCCCGGCGUAUGAGAUGUACCCGACAGGACAGGGGGUGGGGCAGGCCACGGACCAGGGCACGGGCCAGGGCACGGGCCAGGCCACGGGCCAGGCCACGGGCCGGGACACGGACCAGGGCACGGACCAGGGCACGGACCAGGGCACGGGCCAGGGCACGGGCCGGGACCGGGACACGGACCGGGACCGGGACACGGGCCGGGACCGGGACACGGGCCAGGCCACGGGCCAGGCCACGGGCCAGGCCACGGGCCAGGCCACGGGCCAGGCCACGGGCCAGGACCGGAACAGGGGCCAGGGCAGAGCCCGGAAGCGGGGCUGA